UUUCGCAUGCUAAGAAGCUGAACAGGUUAACCAUGUUGGUCUCCUUUCUGCUAGUUUCCCUGCUCUUUGCUGGAAAAAUCGUCUGCUAUGAGUCGUUUGACGAGUUUGAGGACGACGAAUCUUUCGCCGAGAGCUACCUAAGGAAGUAUCACUACAUAUCACCAGCUAGAUCAGGAAACCAGGACCUGAACAAAGCAAUAAAAAACUUCCAGAAGUUUUUCCAUUUGUCACAAACGGGAGAACUGGACGAAGACACUCUAUACCUGAUGAGAAAGCCACGAUGUGGAAUGCCCGAUGUCGACGAAGAUGGACGUGUCAAGCGUUUCACCACGCGAGGAAAAUGGUCCAAGACAAGUUUAACAUAUUAUAUGGAGUACGGUAACGAUAUGAGUGAGGCCACUCAGCGUCGUAUCAUCGAGGAAGCUUUAGACAAAUGGGUUGGUGCUGCUUCAAGUCUUAAGUUUACGUGGACAGAUGACUACGACAAUGCCGAUAUAAGGAUAAGCUCUGGAUCUAAAUCUCAUGCUGGCGUCACUAAUGAGAAAGACUGUAAUUACGAUUUCGACGGAGAGGGAGGAACCCUUGCGCAUGCGUACUUCCCUCAAGACGGAAGGGUCCAUUUUGAUAACGAUGAAAGGUACAGUGAGAAUGGUGGUACCACUGGGUGGUGGUGGUCGGAGAAGGUUUACCAAAGCUUAAGCUAUGUUGCUUUGCACGAGUUUGGUCAUACCUUAGGACUGGGUCACUCUGACAAUGACGACGCCGUCAUGUGGCCCUAUGCUAGAACAGGAAAUCCCAGCUUACAUUCGGAUGACAUCAGUGGCAUACAGUCGCUUUAUGGAUCGUGAAGAAACGCAAAUAGCUGAUCGACAGAUGUAUUAAUCAUUGACGAAUAGUAAACAAGGGGUCUUGAUUAUAGUGAUUGUGAGAAAACCAGGUGUUGGGAUAUCAUAGUGCUAAACACAUGGAAUAAAGUUAAUAAAGAUCAAUGUUGAAAUGUGA